UCUUCAAUCAUCUAUUUACUAGCCACCUAUUGAGGGUUAAGGGUUCUUCCAGACAAGGGGACCAAAAUACUGACGGUUUGGAUCUCUCCACCAAUGCGCCGCACUCGCACAAGCUCGUCGGAGAGCGUUGUAUGAUAUGCUCUUGCCUUGAAAUUGCAAGGAAAGAAGAAGGAAAGCCCAGGAAGCCAUUGUCGUUGUCUCUUUGCAUAUAUUUCUGGCUUCCUCUCUCUGCAAUUUAUAGGGAUAGGGUUUCGAAUAUCUCGAUCCGCUUUGACGAAGGAAGGAUAUGUACCCCGCGAUGGAGGAUCAAUCCAGCUGCCUCGCGUAUUGAUGGACUGGAUCGGCUCCAGCUCGCCCGAUUCAUUGACGAUCGAUGGAUACUGACGCUCCAGACCCUAAUCGAUGCAAAAUCAAUCCGACGGCUACCGAUGCGGCACCUUUGAAAGUUGAGAUUGGCGUUGAUGGAGAAGAAGACGAUGAGGAGUCGAAUUCUCUGCUAUCGCCUCGAACAGGUGGAUUGCUGUCGAAGCGGAUGAAGAAGAAUCCUUCGCGGCGGAAAGUGCAGUGGAAUGAUAGAAAUGGGAACAAGCUUGUGGAGGUCUUGGAAUUCCAGCCGAGUGAUACAAGCGACUCUGAGGACGAUGAGGAUUCAGAUUCUUGUCUCUGUACCAUAAUGUAGAUGUCAUGCAUUACACCCAUUCGUCGGCAUGUAUUGGCUUGUUUGGAUCAAUGUGCCCAACCUCCACAGAUUUGAAUUUAGAGGGCUGUGUCAUAUAUAACAUGCAUGUGCGACUUGCUGCAGAUGUUGGGACCGAAGGUCUCACCAGUGAAGCGGCACAACCUCUCUCCCAUCAGCAUGAAAAUUUGACGGUUUGGGCUGAUGAUUCUGUUGGGCUUUCAGUUUUUGGAUCAGCAGAUCCCAUGGUUAUUGUUUAUUGGAGGCCACCAUAUAUGCAUUGGAGAUGGGCUUUCGGCUUUCGGCUUUCGGAUCAGCAGAUCCCAUGAUAUUGGUUUUUUUGGCUUUCAGAUCAGCAGAUUCCGCCCUCUCUAUAAGAUAUGUAUUACAUCAAAAGAUAGGCUAUUUCUUCAUGCCUGCUGAAAUUCUCAUUUACGUGUGAUGUGAUAUCCCCCGCUCAUUUUACUGUUGCA